CGGAGCCCUCUUCUCUCCCCAACGGGGGGCAUCGGCCUGGGUGAGGGAGAAGGGGCUGGCCCAGAAGCGGGGGCUGGAAGUUCAGCCCUGCGGGAAGCCUUUUAAGCACUCUAGUGGAAGCAGCUGGCCUGGCGAGGGGCUUAAAACCCUGGGCGGGCGAGGGCGGGUGCUAGCGUGGAGGUGAGCGGCCAGGGAGGCCUCGUCCGCCCGCCCCUCGGCCCGCCCAUGUGGCCCUUCCUCAGCCACGCUCUCUUCCCACCCCCGACCCAGGCCUGGCUGCAAAGGGCUUCCUCGGACCCUGAGGCCCAGGGCUGGGGGGCCUGGGGCAGGGCCGAGAAGCCCCCUCUGGAGCCAGGGAGUGGGGACAGGAAGGAGGGGGAGCCAGGGGAAGCGGAGAAAGACCCCGAAGAUGCAGGCUUCCCCCUGUCUCUCUUGGAGGGGGAGGAGCUGGCCGAGUACCCGGAACCUGACCAGGAGCUGGAGGCCAUCAAAGUGAAGCUGUGGGCCAUGGAGCAGGCCCAAGGACCGGAGCCGCCUGGGGCGCAGGGCCAGGCGGGACGGGAGGAGGGUGCUGGGGCCACACCGGCCAGGCAGCUGCUGAGCCCCGAGGCAGGUUGCACCUGCCCUGGGCCCCCCACGGAGCAGCUGGAGUCCGACCACAGAUCCGUCUAUGUGGGGAAUGUGGACUAUGGGGGCACAGCUGAGGAGCUAGAAGCCUACUUCAACUCCUGCGGGGAGGUUCACCGGGUCACCAUCCUAUGCGACAAGUUCUCUGGACACCCCAAGGGCUACGCCUACAUAGAGUUUGCUGCCGAGAGCUCAGCCCAGGCUGCGGUGGCGUUGGACAAGAGCAUCUUCCGAGGCCGAGUCAUCAAGGUGCUGCCCAAAAGGACCAACUUGCCGGGGAUCAGCUCUACCGACCGCGGGGGCUUCCGAGGACAGCCGGGCGCCAGAGGAGGACCGUUCCCCCGCAGCAGCCUCCAGGGCGGGGCCCGCUUCAGACCUCGGGGGCGGAACCGGGGCCGUGGACGGUUUUCACCUUGGUAUUCACCGUAUUGAAGGGAGGAUCCGAUUUUGAGAGUGGGGCUGGGGUGGGUCGAGAGUAAAGG